AUGACUCACGGCCCAUCCCAGAACAGGGUGGUCCUCUUCUCUUCUUCUGACCCCAUGAACCUCCUCAUCUUCCUCUGUCCUCUCCCCGUGAACCCCGCCGGGACCAGAGUCAAAACACGGGGCCAGUUCACGUGCAGUCGGACAAAAGACUUUCAGGAACGUCACAUAUUCAGCUCCAACUCGGGCUUAGCGAGCUCCACAGCCCCCGAACCGGCAAACAUUGACAACUCACACCGAAAACUGGCGUGA